UGAGACGCCUUGUCCCAUCCCCGCUUCUUACCGCCGCUCACGGCGUGACCCGAGCCCGGAUCGGCCCCCUCGGGGAGGCGACGGCGGGGCUACAGCGGCAGCGCCGGUGCCACCGAGCAGCAGCAGCGGUGCGAGCAGCGGCAGCAGCGGCCCCGCUCCCACCUGCCCGUGACAGAGGCUGGAGCUGCGGCCGUCGCGGAGCGGCGUUUGGUGCCCGCGCCCCGGAGCCCCCGCGCCGCGGCCGUGCGGUGCCGCGUCCCGCUCGCCCAUGAGCGCCGCCGCUCUCUACAGCCUGGACUCCCCGGCAUGUUAUAAGAGCUGGUGCCUGGAGCCCGCCAACUUCUACGACGCCAAGGUGGGCAGCGGCGGCGGGCCGGGUCCCGCCUGCAAGCCGGGGGCCCGCGGCGGCUGCGGGAUGAGCGGCGAGGAGGCGGGGGGCGGCCUGGGGGGCAGCGGCACCAACCUGGCGGAGCUGAGCGCCGCCGCCCCGGCCAUGUACGAGGACGAGAGCGCCAUCGACUUCAGCUCCUACAUUGACUCCAUGUCUGCCGUGCCCAACCUGGAGCUCUGCAACGACGAGCUCUUCGCCGACCUCUUCAACAGCAACCACAAGCCCGAGCGGGGCGGGGAAUACGGCGAGUACUUGCCACCGGGCGGCGGCGCCGGCCGCGACCCCGCCAAGGACCUCGGCGCUGCCAUGACCACCCUGCUGGGCUCCGAGCCCCGCACCGCCUCCUCCUCCUCCUCCUCCUCUUCCUCCUCCUCCUUCUCCUCCCGCGGCGCUCUGAAGCAGGAGCCGGACUGGAGCGACAGCGACCUCUCCUCCUCUCUGCUGCCCUCGCAAAUCGCCACCUGCGCCCAGACCAUCAUGAACCUGAGCGGGCAGCCCACGCCGCCCACGUCCCCCGAGCCGCCGGGCAGCAGCUCCCCCUCCAGCUGCAGCACCCGCUCGCCGGGCCCCGCCGCCGCCGCCGCCGUGCCCGGGCCGGCACAGGGCGUCCCGCCGCCCGCCGCCGCCGCGGGCAAGGAGCGGGGCGGCAAGAAGUGCGUGGACAGGUUUAGCCCCGAGUACCGGCAGCGCCGGGAGCGCAACAACAUCGCCGUGCGCAAGAGCCGCGACAAGGCGAAGCGGCGCAACCAGGAGAUGCAGCAGAAGCUGCUGGAGCUUUCGGCCGAGAACGAGAAGCUGCACAAGAAGAUCGAGCAGCUCACCCGGGACUUGACCAGCCUCCGGCACUUCUUCAAGCAGCUGCCCGGCGCUUCUUUCCUGCAGCCCGGCUCGGGCACCGACUGCCGGUAACCGGGGGGGAGCGGGACGGAGAGACGGACUCCGGGAGACGGUGGAUAAAUACCUCAGAGGGCCGUGCCGAGCCUUGUCGGGCCGUGCCGCGGCGCCCCGGGCCGGGCCGGGCGCGGCAUGAGGCGCGGAGCCGUGGCGGGACCUGCCGGCCCGCGGCCGCGCUCGGAAUGCGGCAGCGACGUGGAGCGAUGCCUGGGUCUUUCACCACGAAACUUUGCGAAAAAGGGAAAAAAAAGCUAAAUAUAUUUUUUUUUUUUUCUUCUCUCCCCUUAAAUUAUUUUUGUAAUGGUAGUUUUCGUCUUUUCUACAUUUUACUCAUACCGAUGCAGCUAUGGUACAUCUGUUAAAAUGAUUCAAAAUCCCAUGUAUUUUAGACAGUAGGAUGGAAAAAAAAAAAAAGACUGAGCAUGCUCAAACUUUUAUAUCAAUUUUUACAGCAUUUCUAAGAAUAAAGAAAAGCAUUUUAAAUCAA